UUGCAGCGCUUCCUGUGUUAUUCGUGUUGCUCAUCUUGCAUUUCGACGAUCUUUGCGGCGCUCUCUUCUCAGCUGAUCAGACCAGGACCGCUGCAGCUUCCAGGGAUGUUAUCGUGUUGUGAUCCACCCAAAAAGCGAUGAAUGAUACGAGAUCCAAGUGGAUUGGACGGAGAGCCGCGGAGCUUCAGUUGACUCCGGGCUGCCAAGCCCCGACUGUCGGGGAGCUCCAGGAUGGAGUCGAGGCUAAGCGGGGAUGGCAAGUCGCUUUCCCCCCGUGUUGUCCUCGGUCCCGGCGUCCUCUUGUCUCUCCUGGCCGCGUUAGCCAUUUGUUAUGGCUCCUCCUGUAAUCACCGAGUGCCGUCUCCCGCGGAGGUCAUCCAUCAUGUGUAUUUGAAGCCUGAGCGUUUGACCAAGAGGAGCUCUCCAGAUGUCCUGCAGCUUAAAAUAAAGAUCAUCUAUGACAGCAGUGUUGACCAACUUCCAGCUGACAAGAGGAGGCUGGUGAAGGAUAAGCUGUUUCCUCAGGCCAUUGACUUCUUGCAAAGAGCUUUCAGUGUAAAGCACAGGGUGGGACCCAUACUGCUCAGCAGACUAUGUGCAACCAACCAGUACAUGAGGAAGAGAAAUGACCCUCAUCGAUACUGCCAGGAAUCCUGUGCAGACGUCACCCGCUGUGGCCCCGUCAUCGUACCACAUCACCACCUUCAGCAAUGCAAAGUAUGCAGUGAGUUUGGAAAGUCGUGUGGCCCCACAGGACCUCCAGAUGGCCCCGGGGUGGAGGGGUCGGACUUUGUGCUCUACGUCAGCGGAAUAACCACGGAGCGCUGCGGACAGGAGAACAUAGUAGCCUAUGCUGCUUACUGCCAGCUGGAGGCGGAGCUGGACAGGCCCAUUGCAGGCUAUGCCAACCUGUGUCCUACCAUGAUCUCCUCCCAGCCUCAAGAGUUUGAAGGGAUGCUUUCCACUGUCAAACAUGAGAUCAUUCACGCCCUGGGUUUUUCCGCCGGGCUUUUCGCUUUCUAUCAUGACGACGAGGGCAAACCUUUGACUCCUCGCUUUGCCAGCGGCCUGCCCGCCUUCAACGAAAGCCUCGGGCUGUACCAGUGGAGUGAGGCAGUGAUCCGGAGAGUCAGCAGGCUGUGGGACAUUCGAGGAGGGGUGAUGGUCCGACACCAUGUGCACGUCAUGGUCACCCCUCGGGUGGUGGAGGAAGCCAGAAAUCAUUUCAAUUGCCCCAUCCUGGAGGGAAUGGAGCUGGAGAACCAGGGGGGGGCUGGCACUGAACUUAAUCACUGGGAGAAAAGACUCCUGGAGAACGAGGCCAUGACAGGCUCCCACACCCAGAACCGGGUCUUUUCCCGGCUCACGCUGGCCAUCAUGGAGGACAGCGGCUGGUACCGGGCCAACUACAGUCUAGCUCAGAGACUAGACUGGGGGCGGGGCCUCGGCUGUGACUUUGUCAUGAAGAGCUGCAAGCUAUGGAUGGACAAACAGAGCCAGAGGCGACAUGCUGUGACCCCUUACUGCAACACAGUGCGCUCCUCCCCUCUGCAGCUCACCUGCAGACAGGACCAGCUGGCUGUAGCCGUUUGCAACCUACAAAAAUACCCAGAGAAGCUGCCUUUGGAGUACCAGUAUUUUGACCAGAUCUCGGAUGUGGCUGCAGACCAGCUCUCGUUUUAUGGGGGGGCUGUGGAGAUCGCAGACUACUGUCCCUUCAGCCAGGAGUUCAGCUGGCACCUCAGUGGAGAAUACCAGAGAAACUCCUACUGCAGAGUGUCUGAGAACCAGCCAGACUGGUGGAGGAAUUAUGGAGCGGAAGAGUACGGACCAGAUUCUGUGUGUCUGUACCAGAAGUCCGCCUUUGUGAUGGAACAAUGCUUCCGCAAGAUGACAUACCCAGACUGGGGAUCGGGAUGCUACAAGGUGUCAUGCACGCCUCAAGGUCUGGCGGUGUUCGUCCAGGACCGCUCGUUUACGUGCACACGCAAGGGUCAGCUGCUAAGCGUCAGCGUUCGAGUCAGCGACUGGGUUUACAACGGCGUCCUGAUGUGCCCCGCCUGCUCCGACUUCUGUGACAACUGCCCACUCCCACACCAGCUUUUGCCCAUCAACACCUCCAGGAGCAACCCCAUUGAUCCGUGCUCCAGUUCUUCUGGUCUGACCACAACUCUGUGGCUUCUUCUGCUCAACCUGCUCCCUCUAGUGGUUGGACUGCUACUCUGCCACUACAGCUGAUGACACUCAUGCAAACACACUGAAGGUAGCUGAACUAUAUCCUGUACUGUAGUCCUUUAAGGAUGUCAACUGGAUGUUUCCCUCCUACUUUUGACUUUAACAUGAAAAAAAGCCAUUUUUGUGGACUCUUCAAAUUUUUUAAUCCUCUUUUUCUAUUACUUACAAUUUUCUGUAGCAUUCCUUUUUUUCCUCUGAUCUCCUUUUCAUCUCUUGAACUCUGGCUCAGCUGUAACUUUAGCUCCUGAGCUCCAUACAGGUCUGGACUGGUGUCUUUACACCAGUGGUUCUUAAACUAUUUCCCCAGUAGACAGGAGGAAAACUUUCACCCAAUAGGUUUUUUGAGUUCCAGAUGUGAGCUUUUUUUGUGGAUCUAGAAAUCUCAACAUGUUUAAUUUCUUCUGUCUUCAUUUUAGCUAUGUAACUUUUUCUUACAUUUCCCACCAACAGGUUCAAGUGUCUGACUUAAAUGAGUCAUGUAAACUGUGCUUCAAUGGUGGGUGGGGGUGGGGAACACUCAUCAUCAUUACAAGACUCAUACUUUUGACACUUUCUGACCUUAGAUUUUAGCUGGAAUUAAGGGUGCAACGGUUCUUUUUAACAACGAUUUGAUUCAUAUCAUAAUUUGUGCUGCCAAUCAGAUUCAUAGUCAAUAUUAGUUCAUUUUGAAUGAUCUGAUUUACUGACCUAAAAUGGAUCCGGGACAUCUUUAUCCAAAACUUCAACCAGUGUGCUCAGAGAGAAAUACCUGGUACUGAACAUUGCAGCUGAAGUCUUCCAGAUUCUUAGAUUUCUUCAGGAUAAUCAGGUGUAAAUGAAAUAUGUGUCCAAACAAACAAGUAAACAAGAAUGAAUGUCAAAUCCAUUCACAUUUUAGUUUCCUAAAGUUCAGCCCACUGUUGUAUUUUCACAUCGAAAUAAUCCUAAGGGAACAUUCUUAGAACAUUCUAGCACACUGUAUGGUCAAAUGUCUUUGUUAAUUCAAAGUGUUUCCACACAUUGAACUGGAAAGAUGGACUGAUCAGGUUUUUGCUGACCUCACAUGUGUGUUGUCUGCUAUGAUGCACUUGGUCGUUUUUACGUUAGAGUAAAAUGAACCUACGGUGCCUCAAUCCAAAUAGUAUUUUCCAGUUGCAUUAUAAUCAAUUUAUUUAAUUUUAAAAGAUUUUAUAACGUAUGGGUCGAUUUGAUUAACAACUUACCUCAGACAUUGAUCUGGUUCGAUCCUAGGUUUAGAAAUCGAUCAAUCGGUUAAGUCGAUUAAUCAUUACACCCCUAACUGGAAUUGAUCGUUUCGCUUUGCAGACAACUUUGGUGUGUUUCUUUCCAUUCCUUCAGAUUCUUGUCCAUUCUCCUGACUGACAUGUUCUAUUGUCAAGAACACAAUGUCUGUUUUUUGCCAAAAUUUGAUUCCGUUGGCUUUAUCUUCUGACUGAUUUCGACCCUGGAGGUGGGAAGACUAACAGCUGAUGAAGAACCACUGGUCUACAUCGACCUAACUAACCAGACUACAGUACACUUUUAUUAAACCAACAAACUUAGCUGCUGUAUUCAGACUGGAGGACUAGACAGCUGCUUAACUCAACUAAUGCUGUAUAAAAGGAGGUCAUAUACUGUAAGCAGCUCUGUGGCAGCUACGGUCCUUAUUCAGGAAGGAUCAUUAGAUACAGUUCUAAUGGAGCCUCCUCAAUACUGGCAAAGUGAGGGAAACACUGACACAUCUCCAUGUUUUUAAGAACCAGAUUUGAUUUGGUUUAAGUCCUGUUGGGGAUGACAGGGAUGCUUGAUUAGUUCUUAACAGAAUUUCUUGUGAAUACACUUGUUUACAGAUUUUACAACCCCACUGAAAGCUGCUUUUUAUCCCAUGUAUGUGGAACAAGUCACUCAGACAGAGGGUCUGGUCUAUUUUACUUUUUUGAAACAAGCGAAGCUGUAUUUCAGAAACAUCUCUGCUAAACAUCCCCAGGGAAUGUUUGGCAGUUUGCAUCUUGUCAUGUGAAUGCUUCUAACAUUGAUGGGGCCUUUUCUGCAGAAGUGCAUGAUUAAGAGCAGCUUUGGUGAUGUGAGUCACACUCAACAGUCAGACCUUCAUGCCACCAGAAACUUGUCGGUUCCGUUACUUUUCUUCAAUAUUGAUACUUCAGUGAAGCUCCAGAUCACCCUGCCUCAUCUGAUUCCUGUGUUUAUUUUAAAGUAAUUUAAUAAACCCAUCCUCUUAGCUAAAUUAAAGGAGAACAUUGGAAAAUGUGGCACCAUCUCAGAACAAGGAACCAUUUGAAGAAGUUGAGUUUAAAUGUGCAGGUUUUUUGGCACUGUACAAAUAAUUAAUAAACUGGAAGGAUUCUUUCUUUGCGUGGGGGAGAGGCGGGGCUUGUGCCUGUGGAUGACAUCCCAGCGGUUUUUAAAGGCCUCCACUUGCUGAUGGACUGCUUGAGUGGAGUGUUUUUGAAUGAACCUUAAGCUGUUAGGGAUCAGUUUUGAUCUUUUUCUUUUUCCCUUUGCAUGAGGCAGGUUGACAUGUUCUUCACACUGGCCUGUUGGAUUUUCUUUGAAAUGGUUUUAAAUGUCUUAGAUCCUUUUUGUGCAAAAAACUUAUGGCUUUCAGGAAACUAAUAGAGAAAUGAUUCUGAUCAUGAAAAGACGUGAAGACUGUUUGAUUAUUUGAUACUGAGGGAAACGGUUUUGUCUGCAUUUUUUGUAAACUGGCUGACCGUCCCGUUUAAAAAGACUGUUUUAAAAUUGCAGACUGUUGUGAAAAGUCACCAUUGAGGUGCAGAGGCCAAUGUCAGCACCUUUCCAAAGAAAAUACAAGAUAUGCAUCAAUUGGUAGUUUCGUGUUUUAAAUUGUUUACUCUAAAGUGUGUUAACAUGACCAUAACACCUGAAGGUCAGAGCUUCCAGGACCUCUGAAUGACUAUCAGAUCUGUCAUCAUUCAUGAGUCAGAGAAAAUGUUUCGUAGUAUUUAUUUGGCCAAGAAUCCCACGGCAGACCCAAAACAACCAGAAAAAAAAA